AUGGCGACUUGUGUUUUUGAUCUUCAAGCUUCUCCUGCACAAGAUGCUGAAGCUCUUGGUCAAGUUUUCAAAGGACGGGGUUCUGAUGGAAUCAUCAUAGCAAUAUUGGGUCACAGAAAUGUUGAUCAGAGACAGGAAAUCAAGAAGGCUUAUGAGGAUAUUUACGAAGAGAAUCUCAUCCAACGGCUUGAGUCUGAGAUCUCUGGUGAUUUUGAGAAAGCUGUGUACUUGUGGAUGUUGGAGCCUGCAUAUCGUGAUGCUGUUUUGAUGAAUGAAGCAAUCAAGAAUGGUCCUAAAGACUAUCACGUGAUUGCAGAGAUUGCUUGUGUCCUUUCAGCUCAAGAACUCUUGGCAGUGAGAAGUGCCUAUCACGACCGCUACAAGCUUUCAUUGGAAGAAGAUGUGGCAAGUCACACCACUGGCCAUCUUCGCCAGCUGUUGGUUGGAUUGGUUGGCUCAUACAGAUAUGAGGGUGACGAGAUCAAUGCAAAAUUGACUCGAAUUGAAGCUAAUGUUCUUCAUGAAUCAAUCAAGGAGAAGAAAGCCAACUAUGAAGAAGUCAUCAUGAUCCUUACCACAAGAAGCAAAAAUCAGCUUGUUGCAACUCUCAACAGCUAUAGAGAUGAGCAUGGAAUCUCCAUCAGUAAGAAAUUGGUGGAUCAGAAAUCUAACGAUUUUCUCAAGGUGUUGCACACUGCUAUUCGCUGCAUCAAUGACCCCAAGAAGUACUAUGAGAAGGCUUUGCGCAAUAUCAUGAAGAAGUUGGGAACUGAUGAGGAUGGACUGAGUCGUGUGGUUGUGACAAGGGCUGAGAAGGAUUUGAAGGACAUCAAGGAGCUCUACUACAAGAGGAACAGUGUUCACCUUGAGGAUGAAGUGUCCAAGGAAACAUCAGGGAACUACAAGAAGUUCAUCCUCACUUUGCUGGGUUAA